ACCGCCCCUUUGGGGCUGCCUGAGCCUCACUCUGCUUGGCUACCCACGGGGGUGGUGUGCAGUGGGACUGGCUGGAGGGAGGCGAUGGUACCUGCUCUGCGUUACCUGUUUUUGCUGCGGCUCAGUUGGUGGGGGGCAGCCACUGGAGCUGAGGAAGAGCCAAUGCAAGUGGUCCAAGCCACAGAGACCCACACAGUUUUUCUGCCCUGCACUUUCAACCACACACCGGCUUUAGACUAUCUGAACCUGACAUGGCUUGGUCCUUCUGGGAAGGAGGUGCUAUAUGUGCAUGUCAAGCACCACCACUCAGAGGCAACUCUGGGUAAAAACUGGCAACUACUGAUCUACAACAUCUCGAGGCAAGAUGACAUUUGGUUUACCUGCAGCUGGAACGGCAUCUCAGGAACAAACAAGCACCAGCUCAGGAACAGGACUGGGCACCAAGGCAACAUUUCCCAUCCUGCAAGGAAUAUGGAAUCUUUCUCCUGUGAUGCCCCAGAACCCAGGAACUGGACUAAUGCGUCACUGCUCUGGAUUCAGCAUGAUUCAACGGCCCAGCAGACAGUGCUGAUUAACGUGACACUAUGGUGCUCCACUCCCUACUUGCUAUGGAUGUGUCCCAAUCGCAUCAUUUUGGUGCUACCAUCAGUAACCUUCAGAGAUGCUGGAAACUACACCUGUCACUGGGAGAAUCAGAAUCGCCAUUUUCAGCUAGAGGUGACGGCAAAGUCAGCUGCUUGGCCACAUUUUGGACAUCAGCAUUGGAAAAUCGGGAUUACAGCCAUGGGAUGUGUGAUUGCCUGCCUCAGUUUCGUUUUCUGUUUCUUGCAGCACCAGCACGCCAAUCACGCUCAUAGACAGCAGACGAAGCUGAAGGCCCCUGCCAGGAGAAGGUGCUUUCAUGGCAAGAGGAACAGGCCACAUGCCUCCAAUGGGAUUCUGGUGCUCCCUGCAAACAACGAUGUCAAUGAACAGGCGGAUACCUUUUCCUAUGAGAAUGUGUUGCCAGACAUGGGCCGAAGGCGUACCCGUCAGUUACUUCAGAAAGGAAAGAUCCUACCCAAUAGCACCAACAUAGAAGAUGAAGAAGAGGAAGAGUAUGAACGUCCAGACAGUGAAACAGAGCUCAAGUCAGAUGAUGACAACUACGAGAACACUCAGGAAGAAGUGAAACAGGAAGGUGUGGUUUUUAAUGAUGUAUCCCCUUAUGAAAAUAGUGAGGACAAGAUGAAGACUGGUUCCCAGAACUGGGACUCAGGUGACCCAUGGUAUGCGAACAACACUCAGCAGUCCAUUAAGAAUCUGGCCCAAGAUCCACUUGCUGAAGAUUGUGAGAACUAUGAGAACUUGGAAGAAGAGGUUCCUGUUUCCUUUGGUGCAGCACGACUUAUAGCAGGUUUACGUCUGCAGCUGGCCCUGGACCCCCAAGUAGAUAAGCAGGAUGGAGGCAGUGAGACCUCUACAGGCUCCCAGUCCUAUGAAGAGAUGAAUGGGUCAUUGUGUCCCACGACAAGCAAAGCUGUCCUCCUGCACCCCAACAUAAGCAAUGAGGAAGAUGCUGAUUCCUAUGAAAAUAUGGAAAGCCCCAACAACUUGAGUUCACGGAAGGAAGGCAACAUGGAUCCAUGUGGGGAAGGGAAGGGUUGUGAUCUCUACGUAUGGAUGUGAAAGUUGGACGGUGAAAAAAGCAUUUCAACUCCUUUGAAAUGUGGUGUUGGAGGAGAGCUUUGCGCAUACCAUGGACUGCGAAAAAGACAAAUAAUUGGGUGUUAGAACAAAUUAAACCAGAACUAUCACUAGAAGCUAAAAUGAUGAAACUGAGGUUAUCAUACUUUGGACAAAUAAUGAGAAGACAUGAUUCAUUAGAAAAGAUAAUAAUGCUGGGAAAAACAGAAGGGAGUAGAAAAAGAGGAAGGCCAAAGAAGAGAUGGAUUGAUUCCAUAAAGGAAGCCACAGACCUGAACUUACAAGAUCUGAACAGGGUGGUUUAUGACAGAUGCUCUUGGAGGUCGCUGAUUCAUAGGGUCGCCAUAAGUCGUAGUCGACUUGGAAGCACAUAACAACAGCAUGUCUCACACAGUACAUAUUUCUCCACCCUGUCACUUUACUUUGUCAUUUCUCUUGCUGCAAUUUGCUUUGGGAACUCCCAUUUCAUGUAAAAUAAAAUAAAAAAUUUCUAUAUUAAGCUUCA